GAUGCGCGCGUUGCUCGUGCUCGGGUGUUUGGCGCUGUCGCUAGCCGAGCGGCCGCUGGUCCGGCUCGGUGACGGAGUGCUGCGCGGCGUCACGCUUCGCUCGUUCGAGGGACGCCAGUAUGUCGCCUUCAAGGGCAUCCCGUAUGCCCGACCACCGGUGGACGACCUGCGCUUCCGGCCGCCGCGCGCUCACCCCGGCUGGUCGGGGGUGCGCGACGCCGCCCGGCAUGGUGCCACGUGUCUGCAGUUCAAUAUGAUGAAUGACAACAUCAAGGAGGGCCAGGAAGACUGCCUGUUCGUCAACGUGUACUCGCCCCGACUGCCAGCCGGUGACGGUGAGCCCCGCCUGCCCGUCAUGGUGUGGAUCCACGGCGGGGGCUUUGUCAGCGGCUCUGGCGACGCCGACCUCUACGGCGUCGACUUCCUGAUGGACGAGGACGUCGUGGUCGUCACUCUCAACUAUCGACUCAACGUGUUCGGCUUCUUCACCACAGAUGACGCCGUGGCGCCGGGCAACGUGGGUCUGCUGGACCAGGUGCUGGCGCUGCAGUGGGUGCGCAGCAACAUCGCUCGCUUCGGCGGCGACCCGCAGCUGGUGACGCUGUUCGGCGAGUCGGCCGGCGGCGCCAGCGUCUCGCUGCAGGUUAUCAGCCCGCUGUCGGCCGGCCUGUUUCACCGAGCCGUCAGCCAGUCGGGUGGCGCCUCGGCCUGCUACGCGGUCGGCGGCCGGCAGCGGCCCCUGGCGCUGCACUUUGCCGCCGAACUCGGCUGCCCGUCGGAGCAUAGCCGGGCCGUGCUCGAGUGUGUGCGACGCGCGUCGGUCGAUGAUAUUAUGCGAGUGCUUGGCGCGCUGGGCCCCUCGGUCAGCGCUCGGUCCAAAAGGUUCCACCCGCGCGUCGACCCGGAGGCCACGUCACCAUUCAUGCCGGCUGAGCCGAACGUGCUGCUCCAGCGGGGUGAGUUCAGCCGCGUGCCCUGGAUGAUGGGAUGCACCCGAGAUGAGGGCCUGUUCGUCCUCAAGGUUAUUCAUGAUAGUUCGGACACACUGAAGAGAGCCCAGCAGGGAGACCUGGAGGCAUGGGGCUCCAGUGAGCUCAUGUGCGGUGGUAGUCUCUCUGACAAGACUGAGAAACCUCUCGAGGUCGCUGCCAAGAUCCGUGACUUCUUCCAGAACGACGGAAACUCUGAUGCCGCUCUCAUCGACUUCUUCAGCGACCGCUUCUUCACACUGACCCUGUCGGCCGAGUCUGAGCUGGCGUCGCAGUACGUGCCUGUCUACAAAUACGUGCUGGACCACGUGGGGCCGGGCCAGAUGCACUUCACCGAUCUGCUACAGAUCCCGGUACCGCCGGCGCCGCAUGCUACGCACGGCGACGACCUGGCCUAUCUGUUCCACGGUGAACGGCAGCCGCUGCCGGAGCGCGGCUCGCCCGAGCACACCAUGAUCCGGUUUCUGGUGAGCCUGUGGACGAGCUUUGCACGGCGCGGCUACCCCACCACGGACGUGCUGGACGCGCCCGCCUGGCCCAUCUUCACGGCGCAGAGUCAACGCCACCUGCGGCUGAACGCGGCGCCGGCCCUUGGAGACCAUGCCUUCGAAGAGCGCGUCCGCUUCUGGAAAAGCCUGCCGCUGGCCGAGUCGUGGAAUGCGCACGAGCAGUCAUCAAUUCGGCUACACGACGAGCUCUGACCGCCAUGUGGGAGUGGCAUGGGCGGCGGCACGUGGUUGUAGUUGCGAGGACGAAGGCGGGAGAAGGACCGCGGCAGGGAUGAGUAGCCCUGCUCGUGUGCCCUGCACACGCUAGUUGCGUACCAUGCAUAUAGCCAUUAAAGUGGACUGUGCGUCGCUGUCAUAAUGGAGCGAUACGGGGCAGGAUGUUCCAUUGCAAUGAUUGUACCCACCAAACUGAAUAGCACCGACAAAUCUCUGUUAUCCUUCAGGAAGCCAUGCACUGAUAGAGGAGUGGCCAAAAAUGAACCGCUGCUUUACUCAGCCACAAUGCUUUGCUUACAGAUUCUAUCCCAAAAGGUAGAAUUAAAGCAAUUGGGGACCAUUUGCGUGCUAUCCUGACACAGCGAGCAGGCGUCUGCUGAACUGGGAUAUACUGGACCACUGAACUGCUAAACUGCAAUAUACUCACAUGAAAAGCAAGAGCUAGUGGUGCAAUAUAAGAAACUAGGGAGCAUUGAUGGAUCGAUGGUAAAGUGCACUGAUUCGU